UCAUCAACCGUUAACCGUACACAGAUUUUCUUGCCAACGUUUAUAAAACUUUUGAUAUAUAUUUAUUUUUUCAUGAAGACAAGCCGUAAAAAUAUACGUGGAUCAAAAUAUUUCCACGCAUCUUAAAGUGCAAAACUUAUCAAUAAUAAAUUAUCACUAAUUGAUUGUGAGAAAAGAAUUCGUACUGAAAAAAUAGAAUAACAAGUAUUCGCAGAAAAAUGACGAAAAUAAAUGUAAAAGAUAAACUUCAAGAUGAAACUCUGGAUCUUAGUUUGUGUGAUAUAGAGGAAGUUCCGGUUAAAGAAAUUGCCACAAUUAGAAGAGCAAAGCAUUUGGAUUUAUCAAAUAAUGCGUUAGUUUCAUUGCCGAGAACAUUUGUCACCUUAACGCAAGUUAUAAAAUUGGAUCUCAGUAAAAAUAUGCUGACAGAAAUUCCAGAGAAUUUUGGUGAAAUGAUGCAGUUAAAACAUCUUGAUUUAUAUAGCAACAAGAUAAGUAGAUUGCCAUUGAGUCUUGGAAAGCUGAAGAAUCUCAAGUGGCUUGAUUUAAAGGAAAAUCCUUUAACUCCUGCAGUUGCCAGUGUUGCCGGUCCUUGCAGUAAUGCCAGUGAAUGCCAAGCCUGUGCUCGUAAAAUUGUCACUUAUUUAGCAAACGUCCAACUCACUGUGGAAGAGGAAAAACAACGAAGAAUAAAUGCCAUUUCAGAAGCAGAAAAGGUAAUAGUGCCAAAAAAGGAAGGGAAGAAGAAGAAAAAGACCUCCGAAAAGAUGAAGGUUAAAGGAAAUAUAGAUUUACAAUCCUCAAAUCAAAAGUUUGACGACACUGAACAAAAUGAUGGGAAAUUUUUCAGUAUGAACGAUUCCGAGCAACGAAAGUCAAAGAACACAAAAGGCAGGGGAAUAUGCAGUUCUCUUUGCAAAUCACUAUUAUUUUUACUGCUAUGGACAAUUUUCUUCUGUCUUCUUAUAGUUCUAGGCACUAUUGUAUUCCCCGUUUUUGAUAAUCAACGCACCCAAGAGACUAUCAGAUAUUUAGAAACAGAAACUGGUUUACCAAUCAGACAUUAUCAGCAAAUUGGAAAAAAUACGAUGGGAAAAGUAAUUAAUGAAACUCUUGUGUGGACCGAUAAAUUGAAAGAAAUCCUUCAAGAUUAUUACAAACAAUUCUUUCUCUACGAAAGCAACUUAAAAAAAUCAACGUGAAAGAAUUGGAAGACAGGUUUUUUUUUAAUAUUCUUUUUUAAAAUCUCAGUGCAGUGUUUUAAAUUUUUUACUAAAAACUAUACAAUAAUUUUAAAAGGAUUUGAAAUAUUUAAAUUCGAACGAUAACUUUUACACGUAAUUUUAAAAUAUUUCUUUCUUUGAAAGAAGUACAUUUUUCGUAUGCCACUAAGUGGCAAUAUUGGCCUUUGAAAAAAAAAGAAAAAAAGUGAUGUAAUUUUAAGUAAUUAUUUAUUAAUAUUUGUAGUGAAUAACUAGCAAUAUUAUAAUAUAAUCAAAUAUUUAACUUUUUUGAAAAUUGUGAUUCUUUAUAAGUUAAUUAGUAAAUAAUUACUUCUAAAGUCUGGAUAUUUUCUUUUUUUUUUAGAAGACUAAUGCAUAUAAUUCGCUGAAUGAGUGGAAUAUGUAUUUUUUACGAAAGCAAACUAUUUUUACGAUAAGAUUAAUUUUAUUCUUUUAAUCACAGAAUAGAGUAGGGCUUAAAAUUACUAGAAAUAAUUUGCAGCCUCUCCAAAUUGAUAAAAUGCAAUAUUAUCAGCGAGUGAUGAUGAUUAUUAUUAUUUAUUGUAAUUUAAUUUAUAUUAAUGUUUUAUUACAAAGCUUCUCUUUUAAUAUCUCAACCUCGUUGAUAAUAUUCAUUCAAACAAUAAUCAUAUUUCAUUGGAAUUUACAAAGGGGAAUAUAAUAAACAUUUAUUUUUAACAAUGGCA